GGUUUAGUGUGCUCAGACACCUAGAUACACAGGUCUCAGGGCCCUCAUAUGGACCCUGUCCCUCCCUCCCAUCGUCUAGGGCUGUCCACCCACCCCACUUCUCCAGACUUCAGGCCUCUCCUUAGCCUGGGAUCUGCACGGCACUAAGGAACCUGGGAGUCAUAUUUUGAGACAUUCAGCAAGUCCAGCAGCAGUCUUAUAAUGACGAAGGAGUAUCAAGAUCUCCAGCACCUGGACCAUGAGGAAAAGGAUCAUCAGCAGCUCCAAAGAGGGUCACCUCCUCCCAAGUCCUUCUGCCAGCGUCUCUGCUCUGGACCCUGCCUCUUCCUGCUCUCCCUGAGCCUCAGCAUCCUGCUGCUGGUGGUUAUCGGUGUGAUCGGAUCCCAAAACUCCCAGCUGCGGAGAGAGCUGCAGGCCCUGAGAGAGACCUUUCACAACUUCACAGUGAGCACCGAGGCCGAGGUCAAGGCCCUGAGCUCCGAGGGGGGCAGUGUGGGAAGAAAGAUGAAGCUUUUGGAGUCCCAGCUGGAAAAACAGCAGCAGGACCUGAGUGAAGAGCACUCCAGCUUGAUGUUCCACGUGAAGCAGUUUGUGUCUAGCCUUCGAAGCUUGAGCUGUCAGAUGGCCGUCCUCCAGGGCAACGGCUCAGAAAGCAUCUGCUGCCCUGUUAACUGGGUGGAGUUCCAAGGCAGCUGCUACUGGUUCUCCAAGUCUGGAAAGCCCUGGCUCGAAGCUGACAAGUACUGCCAGCUGGAGAAUGCCCACCUGGUGGUGAUCACUUCCUGGGAUAAACAGAGAUUUGUCCAGCACCACAUGGGCUCUGUACAGACCUGGAUAGGUCUAACAGAUCAAAAUGGAUCCUGGAAUUGGGUGGAUGGGACUGACUAUGAGACAGGCUUCAAGAACUGGGCACCGCUGCAGCCGGAUGACUGGUAUGGGCAUGGGCUGGGAGGAGGCGAGGACUGUGCCCACAUCACGCCUGACGGUCGCUGGAAUGAUGACGUGUGCCAGAGGCCCUACCGCUGGGUCUGUGAGACAGAGCUGAACCAGACCAGCACAAGGCCUCCUUCCCCCUAAUUUAUUUGCUCAGUGCCCUGGCAAGGUCUGGUAUUGGGAGUCCUUCUGUCUGGGGGUCUCCACAUACUUGGGGAGGGAGAAGGAUGGAGGCUGAGAAGUGUAUGAUGGGUGAGAUUUGGAGGAGUGGAGAGAGGGGAACCAAUGACACUGUGUACACUGUGCCACUUAUUACUGUCAGCUUUUUUUAAAAAUAAAAGAAAGAAAUGUAUUUCA